AUGACUUCUGGUGGCUUUGUUCCUGCUGAACGCCAUGAAGAGAAAACAGAGGAGCUGGAGAACCUGGCCUCCGUUCACGCCGAGGCGCUGGUGUCCGGAUCACACUGCAGGAGCAGGCUCGCCUCUCUGGGACGCCUCUUCAAACCCUGGAAGUGGAGGAAGAAGCAGAGCGAGACGUUCAAGCAGAGGUCGACCGCAGAGGAGCUGGAGAACCUGGCCUCCGUUCACGCCGAGGCGCUGGUGUCCGGAUCACACUGCAGGAGCAGGCUCGCCUCUCUGGGACGCCUCUUCAAACCCUGGAAGUGGAGGAAGAAGCAGAGCGAGACGUUCAAGCAGAGGUCGACCGGCUCUACAGCAGAGGAGCUGGAGAACCUGGCCUCCGUUCACGCCGAGGCGCUGGUGUCCGGAUCACACUGCAGGAGCAGGCUCGCCUCUCUGGGACGCCUCUUCAAACCCUGGAAGUGGAGGAAGAAGCAGAGCGAGACGUUCAAGCAGAGGUCGACCGCUCUGGAGAGGAAGAUGUCGGUGCGUCAGAGCCGAGAGGAGCUGAUCAAGAGAGGAGUGCUGAAGGAGAUCUUUGAGAAAGACUCCAGAAUCACGGCUGUGACGCCGGCGGGCCGGAUGCAGAACGGACUGCUCUCAGACUGUGAGCGGACCACGGAGGACAGACAGAGCUCCGCCGCCCUUGACUUCCGCAUGUCUCUGGACGGAGGAGUAUGUGCUCAGGACAACACACUCAAGUCGCUCACGCUUCCUCCCAAGAAAACCGUCACCUUCCCCAGUGACCUUCAGGAGCCGCCCGCCAAACCUCAGCUCAUCCACAAACAGCCUCCCGCCCUGCCGCCCAAACCCUUAAAACAGUGAGGAAGAACAACACUUUUCUGCAGUGAAGGUUCAGUUAUUAACAUAUUCUAGUGUUUGGGAGCAGAAAU